AUGUUUCUCCAGAUCGAUCCGUCCAUUCAGGUAUCGCACAGCGACAACCCGAAGUCGCUUGCGUAUCCGACCGCCAGAGCCCGUUGGCCUGCCAUCUUAAGAGGAUGCCUCGCCGAUGUUGAGGAUACCAGAUCGCAAUUUGAGCGCACCGUCGAGGAAGUCGAUGAUGGAGAAAAAAUCCUCUCUGAUAUCCGCCUAGUCCUGGAGCACAUGAACAAUGACAACCCCAUCGUCCCCAUCCUGGAGGAUGGCGGCUCAGACAUCGAGGCUUACAACGAUGAACUCGAGGCAAUUGGUCCCAUGACAUGGCACAGCUCUCCUGGGCUUUUCACCGAGGACUUCCUCUACAGACGGCUUCAGACGUGUUUCUCUCUUCGGAACACACCAUUCUGGAAAAAUCACGAUGUCUUCGCCCGCCAAAAGUCUCGCGCUUUCGUCAGCUCAACGGUCUCCGUCCUCGAGUUGGUCCAAUUCGUCAACUCAUCCCUGGACGCUGCAGCACGCGGCCAGUUGAACAACCGGAGUGACGCGAAAACCCUUCUUGAAGAAAUUUUGGAUAUUAGUCUCCGGGGAAACUCAGUGGAUCUGUUGCUUCGCGUACACCUCUCGGUCGAGGAGCUUCAAUCCAGGCAAGGGAAGACAGCGCGCCAGUCGUUCAAGCAGAACGUCGUCGAUGAUGACACAGACGAGGUCUGCGAGCUACUUGCUGGUCUCAAAUAUAAGAAGCGCCCUCGCGAGAUUCAUAUCGUUCUGGACAACGCUGGCUUCGAAUUUCUCGCCUAUUUGGUCUUGGUGACCUACUUGCUUGGCGCCGACUACGCCUCGACUGUGAUCCUUCACGGAAAGGCCUUUCCGUGGUUCGUUUCGAAUGUGACCUCGCGGGAUCUUGAGUUCACACUGUACACGUUGCGCGAGGCCUCGUUCAAUGGCGAGGUCCAAGGCGAGGGGGUGAGUGGACUCAAGACUUUCGGUGCCACGAUUAAGCAGCAUCUGGCUGCCGGUCGUCUUCGAUUCGAAGCGCAUCCCUUCUGGACAACCCAGCACUGCUACGCACGUAUGGCCGAGUAUGCGUCGGACCUUUGGAAUCAGCUAGCCGGCGGCGAGUUGGUGAUAUUCAAGGGCGAUUUGAACUACCGCAAGCUCGUAUUCGAUGGACAGUGGCCCCGGCUAAUGACUUUCCAGCAUGCACUUGGUCCUCUUGGAACGGCUCCGCUGGAGAGCAGCCCGGGACUGCGCAUCUUAUCCCUACGUACUUGCAAGGCAGAUAUUGUGGUUGGUCUUCAGCCAGGCCAACCUGCCUGCAGACGCACGAGACCAGAAUCUAACGAAUUGGAGCCCGCCAUAUCAACUAGCGCCCUGCGUGCAGCGGAUGUGAAAGAGCACAAUCGCCUCAGCCCCAUGUUAGAUGAUGCUAGGCAUGCAAACCACAGGUUUUGGUCGCUGAUGUACUGGUACAACGGUUGUCGUUGCAGCCUCCUGAACAGCAUCGACAUGGGGACGUGGCGCAACGGCUAG